GGGAGUUUCUAUAAGUUGCUACGUCAAGGUCACAUAUCUCAGUCGAUUAGUUUAUCUCCGACUAUUUGCUACAAUGACAAGACUAUAAUUUGUGGACGACCUUUGUGCACGAAUCCUAAUUAACCUUGAGAAAUAUUAGACAAUCAGUAAAUAGUCAGUAGAGUGAAAAUAUAUUAUACAAAACCAAAGAAUUGAAAUUGAAUAGUAUUUCCUUAGAAUAAAUAAUGUCAUCUGAUUAUUCAGACAAGCCGUUACCUCCUAACUGGGAGUCUCGAUUGGACUCAGAGUCCGGCCUUUGGUUUUAUAUUAAUCAUGAAGAAAAGACUACUAGUUGGGAUGAUCCACGACCUGCAUAUUAUUCUGCUCAACAAUUAGACCGUUUAAAUACUUAUCGAAUGGGUUUUGGUGAUCGACAAGAUUUAAUUGGUGAAUUUUUUGAUAUACCUGAAAUUUCUCCUAAGUCACAUAAAAAUCCAAAAUCUGUUAACCCUAAACCAUGCGAUGAUCGCAAUAAAGAUGUUCCCACUACAAAAACACAUCGUAGUCGAAUUGAACCAAGCGGAGAAUAUUCAUCACGUAAAGAUACUAAUUCCAAAGGAAGAACUACUUCAACUCAUCGUAAUCGUGAAUCAAAAUCAAGUGUUUGUUCACAAAAUGAUAAUGAAUCACAUCAUUCAUCAAUUUAUAUUUCAUCAAAAACAAAUAAAAAACUCAAAUAUGAUUCAUUAUCACCAAAAACAUCAACAGAUAAUGAUGAUCAUGAUGUUAAUGAUGAUGAUGUUUUCGCUAAAGAAUCAUCUAGAAAGGAGAAUCCGUCAAAAUCAAUACAAAUUGAUAAAGAAACACUUCAAACUAAGUUAUCGCUAGAAAAACGCCUUGAUACUCCUACUUCUGCUGCCGUAAUUCUCACUGAUAACGAUCCAUUUCAAAAAGUCAAUACUGCAGAAAUAUCUGUUGAAAAGCAGUCAUUAAAUAAUGGAUCAUCUAUAUAUUCGAAUAGAAGCAUGGGUUUAAUUCUUCCCUCAACAGAAAAAUCACAUCGAUAUCAACCUAUUGGUCCAAAUCCUAAAUUACUUAGUUCACGUAUCAUUCCACAUGGUCCGAAUCCCUUAUUUGUUCAUGGACCAAAUCCAUCAUUAGUACAUGGUUCAAUUUAUCAAUAAGAUUAUAUCUCUUCUCCUUAUGAGACAUAUGAGUAUACUGUCGGUUACUAUGCUAAGCUCACAUAGCUUAUUCUGACCUCUGGACAGGCCAAUUUAACCAUUCUUCAUGAAUCACAUUUUGACCUUGUUAUCAACCUUGACUGCUUUUAUACGAGCGUAUGUGUGUCAGCAUCUUAUCCUACUAUCUGCAUGUCUGUAGCUUAUUUUUGUGUGAAUAUAAGUAUUGAUUAACGCUUGAUUAAAUGGAGUUAGCUCAUGUGCCUCCUCCUGUUACCCCUCGUGGAGGAGCAUAGGCCGCUCACCAGCAUUCUCCAUCCAACCUUGUCCUGGUCAAUCCUUUCCAGUUCGUUCCAGUUGUUAUUCAUCUUUUUCAUAUCUGCUUCUAUUUCCCGACGUAAUGUGUUAUUAUGUGCCUCCUCCUACGCGCAUUAUUUCGUUUCUCUUCGCUCCGCUCCUUUAAUCGUCUUCCUGGAUUAAUGAUUGUACAAAAUAUACAUAUUCGAAAUCCAUUCUCAUAUUUUCACGACUUAUUUCAUUCCAUUAUUCACUAACGCCAGUUAAUUCAAUAGUUAUAUACGACAACGAUAGCUGAUAUGUAUAUCUCAAUAGCAAUCAGAAGCGAUCAACAUGCAAUCCAACUGGAAUUAGAUCUCAGGCCAGUAAAACAAUACAGAUUGUAAUCAUUUAUGAUUCAGUAGCUGAGUGGAUAACGCGAUGGCGUUUGAAGCGAAAGGUACUGGGUUCGAGUCCCUAGAGUGAACAUCAACUCUGAGAUGCAGGUACAUCUGAAAAGAUUACAUAAUCAUUUAUGAUGAAAGCAUUUAUUUAUUACUCAAAUACAUACUACUUUCUUAAAGAAAAGCUUUUCAUUGUAUAACUUCUCUAUGUUGAAUAGAUCUAACAUUUUGAUGUAAGUUUGUUCUCUGAGUUGGAUGACUCGGUCGUGAAGCUUUUCAUCAUCCUUCUGAACGAUAUCAUCAGUACAAAUUCCAACACUUCACUUCUACCCGAAGUUUGUGAUAUGUGAUGCUUAUUGUUUUCGUUGCCCAAUAGCUGUACCAGAAUGUAUAUGUAUAAUAAAUAAAUAAAGAGGACAAUUCACUUGGCCUUUGUUUA